AUGGUUGAAAGCAGUGACAGUGAGCUCACACCUUCACCCAAAGUCCAGAGGAAAAAGUUGGCGGUCAGCAAUUUGUCAUCCAGCAGUGAGGACAUUAAAACUGAAAGUGCUGACUAUGACUCUAUGGAUGAUGAAGAAUUCAUCCGCAAGCAGAUAAUGGGUAUGGGUGAUGAAGAAAAAAUCUCUCUUUCAGAAGAUGAGAAGGUAAAGAAUUUGGCAGAUGAGGAAGUUAUCCAAGAGGUUGAGCUUGAAAAUGCUUCAGUCACAGCAAAAUCAACCGCCACAGCAACUACUCAAGAUUCUCCUGAAAGAACUACUUUCAAAACAGCUUUACCAGUCAUGAAACAAAGACAAAGUCCUGAUGAAGAAGUAGAGAGCAUCACAGAAUCCCUGUCAAAGGGAUCAUCUAGUGUCCAGGUCUCUAGCUUUACACCAGGAUCGUCACCCACUUCAGCAUCAUCUAUAGAAGAGGACAGUGAUAGCAGCCCUAGUCACAGGAAAGUCAGUGGGGACAAACAUCAUCGCAAGGGUAAGCACAGGCAGUCAACCCAGCCUCUCCCCACCAUUGAAGAUUCCUCUGAGGAUGAGAAGAUAAAGGAGGUGGCGAAGUCUAGGAAGGACAAAGAUGAACUUAAAGCCCAGGGCCCACUUCCAUCUCCAACUGCCUCCUCUACAGAGAAUCUGAGACAGGUCUCUCUAACUGAUGAAACUAGUAGAACAUCUGGGUCUGAGUACUCUGCCAGUUUAGAAUCAGAGCCAGAGGCUAUGCGAGCUGUACAGAGAGGACGUAAGCCUUCCAUAACAGUGAUACCAUACACCCCAUCUGAUCCAUAUAUUGAAAAGCAUACUGUGAUAAAAUCUUUGAAAAGUGCAGAAGAAGCAUAUGAGGAAAUUAUUCAAAAGACAAAAGCUAUUCCAGGGGAGAGUCCUCCUGAUAUUGAACCACUCUAUGGAGGAAUGGCAAUAGAGGACUAUCUUUAUGAAUCCUUAGUUGAGGAGCCUGAAAUUAAGAUCGGUGAAUCUCAAGAGGAAGACGUCUAUCAGGAAACAAGCUCUGAAUGUCUCAUAAAACUCAGAUCUCCAGAGGAGGUUUAUGAGGAGAUGAUGCAGAAAAAAAGAGAACUUAUGAUGAUAGAGCAGGAGUUUCAACAGUCCCAGACUGCCAUGGGAUCUUCCUCAUCAGGGGCUUCGGUCACUGUGCCUUCCUUGAUUGCUGAGACCUGUGUGGUUACCAUGGCAAUGGAAGAGACAGCCGUCACUGGAAAAAUGAAUAUGCCUCUUACAUUCAAUGAAUAUUCUAGUGAACUGACAUUAAAGAAAAAGAAAAGGCCAGCGCCACCACGUCCCUCUGAACCCCCUAAGCGCUCAGAGAUCACCCAGUGUUCAUCUGGGGAAGAAGAGGAUGACAGCCUUGCAGAAGAAUAUGGUGUCGGUAUUUCCUCUGACAUUACCCCAAGCGAUGACUCUGAGACUAAAGACGAUGCAUCCAUAAGCCCACCUUUAGCCAAAACCCAUUCCAACUCCAAUAUUAGCCCCAGAACUUACAUCUACACCCUCCCCCACAUCACCAAUGUCAGUUCCAACUUCACCAGCUACUCCGGAUUCCAGUUUGGCUUCUAA